AUGAGUAAAUCUCUCUCUCUCUCUCUCUCUUUCUCUCUCUCUCUUUCUCUCUCUCUCUCUUUCUCUCUCUCUCUCUCUCUUCUGCUUGCUGGCUUUCGAAAUCAUUCCUUUGAUAUCUGUCGUUGUUCGACCCACAUUCAUCGCAGUGGAAAGCAAUUGGUUCUUCACAGCCGACAUAAUUGUUUUGAUCUUUUAAAUUUUUUUCUCUUUUUUUUCUUCUUUUUUCCUCUUAGUUUUUUUUUCUUUUCUUUUCUAGGCCCUUUUCAUUCUUUGCACUUUUUUUUUCUUUUUUUCACUCAAUUUUUUAGUCCCUUUUUUUUCGUUUCAUUUCUGUGUCUUUUCUUUAUUUUAUUCACUCAGUUUUUCUUUUUUCCUUUUAAUUUUUCUUCUUUUUAUUCUCAGUUUUUUUCCUUUUUUUCUUUCAUUUUUUCUUUUUUUUUCUUCUCAUUUUUUUCUCUUUUUCUUUCUUUUUCCUCUCAUUUUUUUCUAUUUUUUUUCUUUUUCCUUUCAUUUUUUUUGUUUUUCUUUCUUUUUCCUUUCAUUUUUUUCUGUUUUUCUUUCUUUUUCCUUUCAUUUUUUCUGUUUUCUUUCUUUUUCCUUUCAUUGUUUUCUGUUUUUCUUUCUUUUUCCUCCCAUUUUUUUCUGUUUUUCUUUCUUUUUCCUUUCAUUUUUUCUGUUUUUUCUUUUACCAUUCAUUUUUUUCUGUUUUUCUUUCUUUUUCCUUUCAAUUUUUCUGUUUUUCUUUUUUUUUUUUCUAUUUUUCUUUCUUUUUCCUUUCAUUUUUUUUCUGUUUUUCUUUUUUUUCCUCUCAUUUUUUUCUGUUUUUCUUUCUUUUUCCUUUCUUUUUUUUCUGUUUUUCUUUUUUUCCUCUCAUUUUUUUAUGUUUUUCUUUCUUUUUCCUUUCUUUUUUUUCUGUUUUUCUUUCUUUUUCCUUCCAUUUUUUUCUGUUUUUCUUUCUUUUUCCUUUCAUUUUUUUCUGUUUUUCUUUCUUUUUCCCCUCAUUUUUUUCUGUUUUUCUUUCUUUUUCCUUUGAUUUUUUUCUGUUUUUCUUUCUUUUUCCUCUCAUUUUUUUUCUGUUUUUCUUUCUUUUUCGUUUCAUUUUUUUUCCUUAUUUUUCUUUUUCCUUUCAUUUUUUUCUGUUUUUCUUUCUUUUUCCUUUCAUUUUGUUCUGUUUUUCUUUCUUUUUCCUUUCAUUUUUUUCUGUUUUUCUUUCUUUUUCCUUUCUUUUUUUCUGUUUUUCUUUCUUUUUCCUCCCAUUUUUUCUGUUUUUCUUUCUUUUUCCUUUCAUUUUUUCUGUUUUUUUUCUUUUUCCAUUCAUUUUUUCUGUUUUUUUCUUUUUCCUCUCAUUUUUUCUGUUUUACUUUCUUUUUCCUUUCAUUUUUUGUUUUUCUUUCUUUUUCCUCUCAUUUUUUCUGUUUUUCUUUCUUUUUCCUUUCUUUUUUUUUCUGUUUUUCUUUCUUUUUCCUCUCCUUUUUUCGUCUCAUUCAUUUUUUGUAUUUAUUUUUCUACACACUUUUUCUUUUUUCUUUUUCUUUACAAUUCUUUCCAUUUUUUCUUUUCCCGCUCAUUUUUCCUUUCUUUUCCUUUCCACGUCUGACUCUUUCCUUUAUUUUUCCACGCAGCUUUUUCUUUCAAAUUCUUUUCACUUUUCUGUUUUUUCUUUCACUUUUUCUUUUCUUUUCAUCCUUUCAUUUUUUUUCUCUUUUUUCUUUUCCAUUCUUUUUCUUAUUUCCCUUUUUUAUCUUCCGUUUUUUUUUUGUUUUUUGGGGUUUUUUUCUGCUUUUAUUCUCUAACCUGGCGUUUUGGGUUUCCUUUUUGCUUUCUUUUCUUUUUCUAAUUUAUUUUCUUUUCGUCUUUCUAUUCUCUUUCUGUCGUUAUUUUUUCUUUUCUCGCUUUCUUUUCUUGUCUUUCUUUUUUCUCUCCUUUCUUUUUCUUUUCAAUUCAUUUUCUUUCUUUUCUUUUUCACUUCUCUUAUUUUUCCUUUCCUUUUUCCUUUCUUUUUCUUUUUUCUGUACUCCAUUUUUUCUUUCAAUUCUCUUUUUGAUAUUGUUUUCUUUUUCACUUCUCUUUCUGUUUUUAUCUUUUUUCCUCUGUUCUUCUUUCGUUAUUUGUUCAUUUCUUUUUCGUUUUUUAUUUUAUUCAGAUUCUUUUUUUUCUUUUCUUUUAUUUCGCCUAAUUUACUUUUCACUUUAUAAAGCUUUCUUUCUUCAUUUUUCUUUCUUUCUUUCUUUCUCUUUUCUUUCUUUUUUCUUCCUUUCUUUCUUUUUCCUUUCUUUCACUCCAAUUAUGUUCCUAAUGUCCGUUAAUUUUCGACCCAAUCAGUAA